UACAGGAAAUUAGUUUAAAGAAUAUAUGGAGUAGAACGUCAUUAGAUAUAGUCGCAAAUAUUUUAUCUUUUUUUUAAGAGCACCGAUGCUGGCAGGUAGGAUUUAGUUGCUGCCUGUCUCUGGGCCACACUCCAGUACAGUAGGUGGCGGUAAUGCACCAUAACGUUGGAUGCCAACCUCUGAUAAACCCCACGGAAGAAGAAGGAGGAGGAACGCUGCUUCGUGAUUUCCACGCAUACCUCGGAGCGUCGGUAUCAAAUUUUCGCAGCAGAACUGCAGCCCAGAGUUUCAGGUUCAGAAGUUGAACGUGCGGUGCUGAUUUCGGAGAACAGGUUUCUGAUCCAAACAGUCAUGGAGAUGUUACUGUGGGUGUUAGUGGUAUUGCUGCUGCUGUUCUCCAGUCUGGAUGUGUGGUACUUCGUGCGUGCUGCGGUCACGGUGGUCAGGGCCUGGUUCCAGAAGCCGGUGUGGGACGUCCUGGGGGAACAGAGGGUAUCGGGACGCGUCCUGCUUCACGAUAUCGACCUGGGACACAUGAACAACGCCAGAUUCCUCCGGGAGUGUGACUUCGCCAGGUUCUCCCUGUACAGUCUUAAUGGGGUGUUUAAAGCCUGCAGAGCCCUGAGGGCCACCAUGGUGGUAGGGGCCACUACUAUCCGCCUGCGACGGGCCCUGUGCCUGGGGGAAGCAUUUGAGCUGCGCACCAGAAUUGUGGUCUGGGACGAGAAGGCCUUUUACCUUGAGCAGCGUUUCGUCUCCUGCAGGGACGGUCUGGUGGCAGCUGUCAUGUUGUGUAAACAGAACGUCGUACGCAGCAGUCCUGACAAGAUACUACAGUUCCUCUGCAAGAGAAAAGUGGAGUGUCCCGACUACCCUGAGGAUCUGCAGCACUGGAUCAGCUUCAUCUCAGCCAGCAGCCAGGCCCUGAGAGCCCAGAGCGGACUAGAGGACAAGACUGGAGCACAGGAAGACAAAGACAAGUGAUUGAGUUGGUAUGCUGUGGUCGACGAUAUGGGAACAUGAAGGCUCUCUCUCUCUGAGGAGAUCUGGGGUGUAUUCAUUAGUGUCAACUGUAGGAAAAUGUUUCCCAUUUGAAAAAAAUAGAGUUACUAUUAGAUAAAUGUAGGUAGGUUUGGUCUGUUUGGUUCCUAGUGAAUACACCCCAGCUUCAUACUGCUGGACGCUCCCAUCUCUUCCACUUUAACCUCCUGCUGACUAAGGCUGCAUUUACACAGGCAGCCCAAUUCUGAUAAAAAAAAAAUUUGCCACUAAUUUUGACCAAUCCUAUAUUUUCACAUCAGAUAUUUUUCAGAGCUGAUCUGAUUGGUCAAAAAGAUCAGAUUUGAGCUGCCUGUGUAAACACAGCCUUUUUAGACUUCACUGGUGCCUUCUCCCUUCUAGGACCAGUCCCAAAUGGACCCUUUCGCCAUAUGCACUUGUGGAGAUCUGAGAGAAUUUGAUUGGUAUAAGCAAUACGGUGAAACUUCUACCUAAGCCUAUCAGAAGGGCAAGUUGGAGCCAUUUCCAUAUUGAUUGCACCUGACAAAUCAUCUCACAUCUGUACUAGGGCGUAGGGUCCAUUGUGGGACUGGGCCUAGAGUCAAAACAGCACAGACCUGUCCAUCGACCCACUGCUGUCUCCUGGAUACUCCAUGUGGUGGGUGGCAACGGUCUGUUACUACUGACCAUUCAAUAUAGGAAUUGUUUAUGUAUAGGAAAGAGGUCAAAUGGAUUCGUCUAUAUUUUCUAUGUUGUAAAAUAAAAAUCUAUUGAUUUUGA